AUGGAAGAUGCAAGUUUCAACCUUCCUCCUGGGUUUUUCUUCUCUCCAACUGAUGAAGAACUCGUUCUUCACUUUCUCUAUUCUAAGGCUUCUCUUCUUCCAUGCCAUCCCAACAUCAUCCCCGACCUUGAUUUCUCUCAGCUUGAUCCUUGGGAACUAAAUGGUAAGGCGUUGUUUAGUGGGAAUCAAUACUAUUUCUUCACGAAAGUGAAUGAAAACAGAACCACGGAAAAUGGGUGUUGGAAGGAAAUAGGUGUCACGGAACCUAUAUUGACAACUGUUGACAAGAAAGUGGGAAUGAAGAAGUACUUGGUAUUUCAUAUUGAUGAAGAAGCUUCACAUGGUACUGAAACCAAUUGGGUAAUGCAAGAAUAUCAUAUAUGUUCUUCUGGGUUUGAGACUGUGUCAUAUGCAAGUGCCAGGAGAAGACGAAAACAUGAUCAAAGUUGGAGCAAGUGGGUUUUGUGCAGAGUGUAUGAGAAGAUGAGGUCUCAACAAGGUGUAAUAAACUGCUGUACAUGUAGCGAUGACGAUGAGAGUGGAUCAGAGCUUUCAUGGCUAGAUGAAGUUUAUCUGUCUUUGGAUGAUGAUCUGGAAGAAAUUGGCAUGCCUAAUUAG